ACACAACAAAAUGACAUUGUUGUCCCUUACAAGAUUGAAAGGAGUCCGACUGAUAUCUUGAAAGCAUUGAAUUCCACAAUAUCUAAGGACCAUACGGCUGCUCAUUACAAAUAUGAAGAUGAUCCAUAUUUUAUUCCAGCUAGUAAUGUCACUAAGAGAUCCUUUGCACUUUCUAAGGAAUCUGGUAAAAAGGCUGCACGUUACUUCCUAGAAAAGUACCCAGAACUCUUCAAGUGCAACACAUCUAUUCCUCAUAUAAAAGCCUUUGAUCCACCUCUGACGUACACAGAAUCAGAUAAUGUUACAGAAACAUUACUGAAAGAUUGUAUUUUAAAUUUUGAAGUUCAAAAUUCUAUUGACAUAUUCAACAUUUUGAAGAAGAAAGGUAUAGAUGUAUCUAAAGAUGUGAAGCAAGAUCUUUUAGAUUUGCUCUGCUUUUAUAACAACAUUCCUCCUCCGCCUGAUGACUAUUAUGAGGAAAGAUAUUUUCAGCGAAUUGAUGAAGCCACAAAACAAAAGUGGAAUGCCAAUGGAAUGGCUGAAAAACUUUUUGAUAGUAUGGAUAAAGAUGGAAAAGCAUAUAGUUCUAUGAUUGCUGGACUUUCAAAGUAUGGAGAGGUUGAACGUGCUCUCUUUCUACAUGAUGAAAUGAAAAGUAAAGGAUUAAUAGGCACUACACAAGCUUACAAUAGUUUGAUUUCGGAAUGUCAUCACCUACACGAGGAUAGUUCUUCUUGUUGGGAAAUGGCUAUGCGUCUACUUUCUCAAAUGAAUGCUGAUGGAGUAAACCCUGACUUGUAUACCAUGAAUGGCUUGUUAAGAAUACUAUCAAAGGGUUCUAGAUGGCGAAAAUCAAGACAGCUAUCCUUGAAUGUUAUUGGAGAAAUGAAACGCUUAAAAAUUGAACCAAGUUUGGGGACAUAUUAUUACUUACUUAUAAUAUAUGGAUCAGAUGCAGAUGCUGGUGUACUCUAUGAAAUUAUGGGUGAUAUUCAAAAUAAAGAACAUAAAAUUCGGCAUCCAAGUGAUGUUCUCUUUUUUGCAACUGCUAUGGAAGUAUGUUGGAAAAGUCUUGCGGAUAAAGAUUUAGCUUAUCGUCUUCACAAGCUUCUAGAGUACAAAAAUAAUUGCAAACUAUUAGGAAAUGCUUUAGCAGAAAGUCAUUAUUUUAAAUGUUUCUUCCGUCUCCUUUCUGAAACUGAAGACAUUGACAUAUUUAUGGAAUUAUAUGAAAAAUUUAUUCCGAAUUCUUACACACCAGAGCCAAUAGUUACUCUAUCUGUUAUUGAAGCUGUACAUUUUGUUGGUGCCUAUAAAUAUUUACCUAAGCUUUGUUCAGAUGUCCUUUUAUUCGAGCAGACUGAGCGAACAAAUAUCCUUGAAGCUUUGUUAGAAGCUGCUGCUUGUACAAAAAAUGAAGAAAAUAUUCAAAAACCGUUGAUAGAAAUGGUUUGGAAUAUUUUUGAUAACUUGAUUACAAGAUCAAAAGGAAGAAGAUUACCAUUUGAAUGGACUGGUCCUAUGCUUUCAAAUAUCUUAAAAACAUUUAUGAAUGGAAAGGAUAUGGAAAAAUCAUGGCCUAUUUUACAAAAACUAAAAGAUGAAGAAACAACUAUAAUUGGGAGCCCUGAAAAAAGUGCCUUAUUAGACUUUUGUCAAAUGUGCCUUGAGUUUCAAGACUUCAAAAAGAUGAUGGUAUGUGUCAAGUAUGCAGAAAACAGUUAUUAUCCUGACUUUAAAGAUGAUCUACUUAACAUAAUUGAAGAAAGCAAGUUAAGUGAAAACGAAAAAAUGGAUAUAAAAGCUGCACUUAACUCUGCUUCAUUCGGCAGUGAAGAGACGUCUAGCAGUAGUAGUAGCUCCAGUGAUGAUGCAUCAAGCAGUGAUAGUUCUAGUGAUUCAUCUAAUGAAGAAGAAAAUGAUAAUCAAAGUUCAAAAACUGAAUAGUUAAUGUAGAUACCUAAUAAAUUUUAGUUUUAAGUAUGUUUCAUUACAAGUCA